AUGGAUUUUACUGCUUGUUUGUCUACUGGGUGUUUGUGGACUUUGGAGCCCAACGUUUUCUUGCGGUUUUCUCCUCCAGUUGUAGUUGUGUUGGCGAGGGAACCGGUGGCCAUUUCAAUACCGUUGACGGAUCCGAUGCCAACCGUCAUGCGCGGGGUAACUAGUACAUCCCGCUCUUCCCCAGCACAGAGGGCUGUCAUCCAUGCUCAAAAGCAAGAUGUCGUCGUCAUAAAUAAAAGAUUCCACAUUGACCCGAACAUUGAACGAGAAUUUCGCCUCCAAUGGACCGUUUCACGCAGCACGCUCCUCGGAUUCGGGGAACGGUUUCCCAGGUGUUUUCCCUGCAGCAGUUACAGCCCUAACGAAUUCGGGAUCGACACCUGCGACGGGCUUGUGUUGCAUCUGUUGCUGUUGGACACCAGCGUCGAUGUUUGUCGUCCGCAGAACGACACCUUUCUUCGUCAGAGCAAGACAAAACGGAGUAUCCCUCGCAACAACAACAAAAAACCACACGAUCACCAGCAGCAGCAGUACGUUUCACUCCAGUGUAUCGCAGAGAAGUGUAGUCGUCAGUGUCGAGUGUCGACCGGAACGUGCUCUGAACGAUAUGGCUUUUCGGAACUUGGAAUUGCUGCAGGACAGGAUCGUGGCCGGGAAUUGAUUGCUCCCGCCAAAGGUCAGGCUUCAUUCGCCAAGUCGGAUAAAGUGACGGAGAAGGACAGCAGACGAUGUCAUCAUGCAAUAAAGCAAGUGACACGGCCACUGACGUUCGGUUCGUCGACACCCCCGGCAGCAGUAUAA